GGGCUUUUUAUUAUUAUCAUUACUAAUGUCAUAAUAUGUUUGCUGCUGCAACUAAAAACUUUGUUAAACAGGUUGGUGAUGGAGGAAGAUUAGUUCCAGUGCCCAGCCUCAGUGAAGCUGACAGAUACCAACCUCUGAGCCUUGUGAUUAAAAAAAGAAAAUGUUCUCUUUCAAAAAAAUCUAAAUUUGCUUCAACACCUUUCACAUUAAAAGAUAUUCUUCAAGGAGAGAAGGAAAUUUCUGCAGGUGUCUCAUCUUACCAGUUGCUCAACUAUGAAGACAAAUCAGAUGUUUCUCUUAAUGGCAGAAGAGGAAAUCAGAUAAUGAAUGAUGUUGGUUUUGAUGUAGCUGGAUCAGAUUCUGUUGCCUUUAAAGCUUCAUUUGGCAUAGUGACCAAACACGAAGUUGAAGUACCAACAUUACUUAAAGAACUUACUACAAGAAAAAUAAACUUUGAUCAUUGUCUAGUCCAUCAAUCAAGAAAAAGUAGGAUGGAAGUUUUGUGUGUGGUCAUGGAAAGUAUUCGAACCACAAGGCAGUGCUCAUUAACUGUCCAUACUGGAAUGCGUGGAGAGACUAUGAGGUUUCACAUAAUUGAAGAUCAGAAUUACAAAGGGCGGGACAAAGCCAUUGUUUUUCCUGCACAUACAACUAUUGCUUUUAGUGUAUUUGAACUCUACAUUCAUUUGGAUGGUAAUUUCGAACUCUGUGUGACUCCAAUUGCAAAAGGAGGAUUUGAAAGAGAGAAAUCUGCAUCAUCUUCACUGACCAAAUUAAGAAGAUUAAAGAAUAAUUUGUUUCAUCGAAAUAAAGGAGUAGUGGAAAUCGUUGCUAACUCUGAUCCUUGCUUGGAGGACCUUUUUGCAGAUUAUUAUGAAAAAGCUGCAAGCAUGACUGAUCUCUCUACAAGCUAUCUUAGAGACGGUUCUCAUAUCCGAAUUAAUUUACUUAAUAACAACAUCCCCAAAGGCCCCUGUGUCCUUUGUGGAAUGGGAAGUUCUAAAAGGGAGACAGUCUAUGGAUGCCUGGAAUGUUCUUUUAAUGGACACAAGUACGUACGACUGCAUGCUGUGCCCUGUUUUGACCUCUGGCACAAGAGAAUGAAGUAA